UUCCUCCAAAUAAGCGAUACUGGAAAGCAGUUGGGAUGCCACGGAAUAUUUUUACAUUGUGUGUGUCUUGCGUUAUUAUUCUUUUAACCAAACAGAUGACAUUAUAAACUUCCAAAGGUUUCUUGAGGGAACGGACUGAGGACAUUGACACACUGUACUCGGUACUAGUGGAUUCGCUUCUCCGCAGAUGGUCUGUGCCCACGCGAGCGAGGUAGUAGGGCGGCUCGCGCUCGGGGCUCGAGGGACACACUGAAGAUUAGAGACGAAGUUCGUGCAGGGUUAUGGUUCAGCCACAGGCUCAAGCUGGUAGUGCACUGAAGUGGGAGAUGGCAGGCGGAGAGGGGAUCGGGGUUGGCAGUCAAGGGUCCCUCCGGGUACCGCCUGAUUUGGCAGACAGUGAGGCUGUGAACAGGCUCCUUGGGGACAAUCAUCAGCUAAGAGAGGCCUUGAGGCGCAGUAAUGUGGCUCUCAAGGAAAGAUGUGAGGAGAUGGAAGAGUGGCAGCAGAGGUCACGGAAGGAGAGAGAGUUCCUCAGCUGCCGCUUUCAGGAGGCCAGGGCUCUUGUCGAAAGACUUUCUGAAGAAAACCAUGCACUUCUAGCAAAGCUGAACCACACAGGUGCUCACACGAAUGGAAGAAGCAUGAGAAAGGAGCAGAACUCGAUUGGCACACAGAUAAAUGACCUCCCUCUCGCUCUUGAUAUGUCAAAGAAUAAGGGAGAAACGGAACUGAAGGACUUGGAGAAUGCAACAGACAGACAGACUCCCCCAAGCAGUUUGCUGUCUUCAUCUCAGUGCGGCAAAGCCGACUCAAGUAUUUGUAGCUUCAUCAGUAGUGUCUUCCCAAGCCUAUCUGGCAGUUUAACAUCAGCUGAAGGGGAGGUCUGUGGAAAGGCAGAGGGUGAGGCCUGCAGCAAGCCCAUUGAUGGUGCCAAUGAGUUCUUAAAGCUGCUGAAGAGCCAUAAAGAAAAGCUAGAGGAGAACCUGCAGGAAUUCAGGAUUAAAAACAAGGAGCUGGAGAGGAAGAGAGAAGAGGUUGAGGAAGAACGAGAUUGCCUGCGCAAUGCUAAUGCACAACUGCAGUUAGAGCUCUCUCAGAUACAGGGUGGAGGUGUAUUGAAGGAUAUGCUUCAACGGUCAGACUCACAGGCUUCCAACUCUGAAAGUGCCCAUUUGGCCAGUCUGGUAGAGGAGCUGCAGAUUGCCCAGGCCAGGUAUAAAGAACUUGUCGAGAAAUAUGACUCUCUCCAGAAAAGUACAGCUCAACGAGAUAAAAGUGAAGCGCGACUGAAGCAGAAGGACAAAGAUUUUGGACAGAUGACCAAAGAUAGUGAAGCGCUCAAGUCCCAGGUUACUUCUUUGUUAGGGGAGCUGCAGGAGAGACAAACAUGUCUGGAAAACAGUGAGAAAGAAAGGGAAAGACUGCAAGAAAGACUCUCUACUAAGACAGAGGCCCUGCAGUUUGCCGAAAGGGAGCUGGAGCAGUUGAAGAAGCAGCACAGUGUGACAGUGGACCAACUGCGGCUGCAGACAGAGAACCUGGAAACAGCUCUUAAGACGGAGAGGCAUUUCCUCACAGAGGAGAAGAGAAAGCUGGCUCAGUUACAACGUGCUUAUACACAAUUAUUCCAGGACUAUGAUACAAAGCUUAAAAAUGAGAGUCAAGUCAAACAAAGGGGUGGUGAGGUGGAGGACCUGGCAUGCAGACUGGAGGAGGCAGAAAGAGCUCUGGCUCUGAAACAGGACCUCAUUGACAAGCUUAAGGAAGAGGUGGAGCAGCAGAGAACGUCUCUGGAAACCAUUCCUGUUCUCACUGCCCAGGCAGAAAUAUUCAAAGCAGACUUCCUAGCAGAGAGAGAGGCCAGGGAGAAGCUGAACCAGCGCAAAGAGGAGCUGCAAGAGCAGCUGAAUAAGACCCUGGCUGAGCUGGACAGGAUGAAACAGGAGGGCACAUCAAGAGCACGCAUGGAGGUGAUGCAGCAGAGACACCUAGAGGACUUCCAGUCUGGUCGACCCCCUCAAGCAGGAAUGUUUGCGGGAGCAACAGUGCCAUUCAGUCCCUCAUCCUUCCGGAGGCAAAGUAUGUCAGAGGAGCUGCCUGACUUCCGCUGCCCAAAGUGCCAGUAUCAGGCACCAGAGAUGGACACCUUGCAGAUCCACGUCAUGGACUGCAUCCAGUGAUAGAGGCUGCUCAGUGACUGACCAAAUUCCCUCAAUGGGAUCAAUAUACGGUAUACUGCAGGAGUGGACCAUGAAGUACAAGUUAAAAUUAGGACGACUUAUUUGGAUGUUAAUGCUUGUGGCUUAGAAGACAGGAUCUGUUAUGCAAUAUUUGAUUUUUCUUUUACACUCUGAAGAAACACUGACAGUUUUAUCUAUAUGCAAAAGGAAUGUUUAUUUUAAUGUAAUUAUAACAGUUUUAAUACAAACUUUUGUUAAUACAUGCAAGUUGUUUUGGAAUGUUGCUCCGUUUCUGUAAUGCAGAUUUCCUUUAUACAGAAUGUUUGUGGUACAACAUGCUUUUGUGUGCCAUUGCUGUUCCGUUGUCAGUGUCUUCAGAAUGUACGUGAUCUGUACUUGUAUAUUCAAGAUUUUUUUAAAAAUAAAAUGUUACAUUUAUUAUAGCUUUCCAUGAAUAAAACGUAACAGAAUAUUUUUGUGCCCAGUUAUGGCUGAUUUGAUGUCCAUGUUCAGACCCAUAUUCACUGUGCUGUAGUUAGACCAGGGGUUUUUCAUCUGUAGUCCAUGGAUGCCAGAGGGGUCUGUGAGUUGCAGACCUGGUUUGAAAAUUUCACUGUCUAAAGUAAAAUAACUUGUACUGGUACUGUCUAUUACAUA